ACAGCCGCGACACGGCGGGCAGGAAAUCCACCCCGCUCCACUUCGCCGCAGGUUUUGGGCGCAAAGAUGUAGUUGAGUAUUUGCUUCAGAAUGGUGCAAAUGUCCAAGCACGUGAUGAUGGCGGGCUGAUUCCUCUUCAUAACGCAUGCUCUUUUGGACAUGCUGAAGUGGUCAAUCUCCUUUUGCGACACGGUGCAGACCCAAAUGCUCGAGAUAAUUGGAAUUACACUCCUCUCCAUGAAGCCGCAAUUAAAGGAAAGAUUGAUGUUUGCAUUGUGCUCUUACAGCAUGGAGCUGAGCCAACCAUCCGAAAUACAGAUGGAAGGACAGCAUUGGAUUUAGCAGACCCAUCUGCCAAAGCAGUGCUGACUGGUGAAUAUAAGAAAGAUGAACUCUUGGAAAGUGCCAGGAGUGGCAACGAGGAAAAAAUGAUGGCUCUGCUUACACCUUUAAAUGUCAAUUGCCACGCAAGUGAUGGCAGGAAGUCAACUCCAUUGCAUUUGGCAGCAGGAUACAACAGAGUGAAGAUUGUACAGCUGUUACUGCAACAUGGAGCCGAUGUCCAUGCUAAAGAUAAAGGUGAUCUGGUGCCAUUACACAAUGCCUGUUCUUAUGGUCAUUAUGAAGUAACUGAACUUCUGGUCAAGCACGGUGCCUGUGUGAAUGCGAUGGACUUGUGGCAGUUUACUCCUCUUCAUGAAGCAGCUUCUAAGAACAGGGUUGAAGUGUGUUCUCUUCUCCUAAGUUACGGUGCAGAUCCAACACUGCUGAACUGUCACAACAAAAGUGCUAUAGACUUGGCUCCCACGCCACAGUUAAAGGAAAGACUAGCAUAUGAAUUUAAAGGCCAUUCAUUGCUGCAAGCUGCACGGGAAGCUGAUGUUACACGAAUCAAAAAACAUCUGUCUCUGGAAAUGGUGAAUUUCAAGCAUCCUCAAACACAUGAAACAGCAUUGCAUUGUGCUGCUGCAUCUCCAUAUCCCAAAAGAAAGCAAAUAUGUGAACUAUUGCUAAGAAAAGGAGCAAACAUCAAUGAAAAGACUAAAGAAUUCUUGACUCCUCUGCACGUGGCAUCCGAGAAAGCUCACAAUGAUGUUGUCGAAGUGGUGGUGAAACAUGAAGCAAAGGUGAACGCCCUGGAUAACCUUGGGCAGACAUCUCUGCACAGAGCUGCGCACUGUGGCCAUCUGCAGACCUGCCGCCUCCUCUUGAGCUAUGGGUGUGACCCCAACAUCAUAUCCCUUCAGGGCUUUACUGCCUUACAGAUGGGGAAUGAAAAUGUGCAGCAACUGCUUCAAGAGGGUAUCUCACUAGGUAAUUCAGAGGCAGACAGACAAUUGCUGGAAGCUGCAAAGGCUGGAGAUGUAGAAACUGUAAAAAAACUGUGCACUGUUCAGAGUGUCAACUGCAGAGACAUCGAAGGGCGUCAGUCGACACCACUCCAUUUUGCAGCUGGGUACAACAGGGUGUCUGUGGUGGAGUAUCUGCUACAACACGGAGCUGAUGUACACGCUAAAGAUAAAGGAGGCCUUGUCCCUUUGCACAAUGCUUGUUCUUACGGACAUUAUGAAGUUGCAGAACUUCUUGUUAAGCAUGGAGCAGUAGUUAAUGUAGCUGAUUUAUGGAAAUUUACACCUUUACAUGAAGCUGCAGCAAAAGGAAAAUAUGAAAUUUGCAAGCUUUUGCUCCAGCAUGGUGCAGACCCUACAAAGAAAAAUAGAGAUGGAAACACGCCUUUGGAUCUUGUCAAAGAUGGGGAUACAGAUAUUCAAGACCUGCUUAGGGGAGAUGCCGCUUUGCUAGAUGCUGCCAAGAAGGGUUGUUUAGCCAGAGUGAAGAAACUGUCUUCGCCUGAUAAUGUAAACUGCCGUGAUACCCAAGGCCGACAUUCAACGCCUUUACAUUUAGCAGCUGGUUAUAAUAAUUUAGAAGUUGCAGAGUAUUUGUUACAACAUGGAGCUGAUGUGAAUGCUCAGGAUAAAGGAGGACUUAUCCCCUUGCACAACGCAGCGUCGUAUGGGCAUGUAGAUGUAGCAGCCUUACUAAUAAAGUAUAAUGCAUGUGUCAAUGCCACGGACAAAUGGGCUUUCACACCUUUACAUGAAGCAGCCCAAAAGGGACGGACACAGCUUUGUGCUUUACUGUUGGCCCACGGAGCUGAUCCUACUCUUAAAAAUCAGGAAGGACAAACUCCUUUAGAUUUAGUUUCAGCAGAUGAUGUCAGUGCUCUUCUGACAGCAGCCAUGCCCCCUUCCGCUCUGCCUUCAUGUUACAAACCUCAAGUGCUCAAUGGUGUGAGAAGCCCAGGAGCUACUGCAGAUGCUCUGUCUUCAGGACCAUCCAGCCCAUCCAGCCUUUCUGCAGCCAGCAGUCUUGACAACUUAUCUGGGAGCUUUUCUGAACUGUCUUCAGUGGUUAGUUCAAGUGGAACAGAGGGUGCUACCAGUUUGGAGAAAAAGGAGGUACCUGGAGUAGAUUUUAGCAUAACUCAGUUUGUAAGAAAUCUUGGACUUGAGCACCUAAUGGAUAUAUUUGAAAGAGAACAGAUCACUUUGGAUGUAUUAGUUGAGAUGGGGCACAAGGAGCUGAAGGAGAUUGGAAUCAAUGCUUAUGGACAUAGACACAAACUGAUUAAAGGAGUCGAGAGACUUAUCUCUGGACAACAAGGUCUUAACCCCUACCUAACUUUGAACACUGCUGGUAGUGGAACAAUUCUCAUAGAUCUGUCUCCUGAUGAUAAGGAGUUUCAGUCUGUGGAGGAAGAGAUGCAAAGUACAGUUCGAGAGCACAGAGACGGAGGUCAUGCGGGAGGAAUCUUCAACAGAUACAAUAUUCUCAAGAUUCAGAAAGUUUGUAAUAAGAAACUAUGGGAACGAUACACUCACCGGAGAAAAGAAGUGUCUGAAGAAAACCACAACCAUGCAAAUGAAAGAAUGCUAUUUCAUGGGUCCCCCUUUGUGAAUGCAAUUAUCCAUAAGGGCUUUGAUGAAAGGCAUGCAUACAUAGGUGGCAUGUUUGGAGCUGGAAUUUAUUUUGCUGAAAACUCUUCCAAAAGCAAUCAGUAUGUAUAUGGAAUUGGAGGAGGUACUGGUUGUCCAGUACACAAAGACAGAUCUUGUUACAUUUGCCACAGGCAGUUACUCUUCUGCCGAGUAACCUUGGGAAAGUCUUUCCUACAGUUCAGUGCCAUGAAAAUGGCACAUUCUCCGCCAGGUCAUCACUCUGUCACUGGCCGGCCCAGCGUUAACGGCCUUGCACUGGCCGAAUACGUUAUUUACAGAGGAGAACAGGCUUAUCCCGAAUAUUUAAUUACUUACCAGAUUAUGAGGCCUGAAGGUAUGGUCGAUGGAUAAAUAGUUGUUUAGGAAACUAUCAGUAAUUUCACUGAAUGAAAAAUCAUCGAAACAGCUGGUGGUCUCUUAAGUUUUACUCCUUUGCUGAAAAAAACAUCUUGCCAUAGGCCCGUGGCACAAGGAUAAAAAAAUGUGAAAGAGGUUUAACAUUCUGACUUGAUAAAGCUUUAAUAAUGUACAGUGUUUUCUAAAUAUUUCCUGUUUUUCAGCACUUUAACAGAUGCCAUUCCAGGUUAAACUGGGUUUGUCUGUACUAAAUUAUGAACAGAGUGAACUUGAACCUUUUAUACAUUAUGCAUUGAUUCUAACAAACUGUAAUGCCCUCAACAGAACUCAUUUUACUAACACAAUACUGUGUUCUUUAAAACACAGCAUUUACACUGAAUACAAUUUCAUUUGUAAAACUGUAAAUAAGAGCUUUUGUAUUAGCCCAAUAUUUAUUUACAUUGCUUUGUAAUAUAAAUCUACUGUUUUAGAACUGCAGCGGUUUACAAAACUUUUUCAUAUGUACUGCUUCAUCCUGCUUCAUCUUACAUCAUCAUGACUGAGUGAUCGCUACAUUGGAUUCCAGAGGCUAUGUUGAGUUGUAAGCAGAAACUUAGUUGGGAAGGAUUGGUUUAGCAAAUCUAAUGAUUUGCUGAUGGAAGCAUUUCUCUCUCAUUAGAAAUCUUUCUCAUUUAAGAACUUACUUUAUGAAUACUCUGGUGAUUUAAUUUGUGAUCCCUUUGUAUGUAUAAGACACACAUUCCAAAGAGCUCCAACGAGGAUAGGUCCUGACUGCUAAAGAAGCUCAUUCUGGCCUCAAACUCUAGGUUUCCAUUGGAGAAGUUGCUAAUGUCAUUCUGUGAAAAGGAGAGCAGGUAUUCCUGAAGAGGCUAAACCCUGCUAUUGGACAGUCUUUUCAUGGAAUGUAAAUAGAAGGUUACAUUUUAGAGGUGGGAAAGGUAAUCCUGGAUAAUCGCCCAAUCUUUGGUAAUUACCUUAAAUCUACCAGGAAAAAAAUUAACAAAGGGGAGUAGGUAGGUUUUUUAAUCCUGUUCUUUUUCUUUUCCCCUUGGUCCUUUUGUUAUGUUUAUAGCCAUUCGAUGCAUCUUGGGUUAAAAAAAAAAUAAUAAAAAAAAAAAAAAACACGACCCAGAAUCAGGAAAUUUAAGUGUCAGUCGUCCCUGGCCCCCAAAUGGGCAAGUGCAGUGAGAUGAGCUUUCGGCUCCUGCAUUGCCUCUCCGUAGCUGUGCCCAGUCAGAAAGGUGCUUCCAGCCUGCACCCACUUGAUGGCCAGGCUUUGGUUCAGUUUGACAGCUACAGAGGGAAGUGCUGUCCCAUAAAAUGCCAUUCCUGACUGUUUUCUAAUAUGAACUGUGUUUUUCACAAAGCAUGCUCAAGCAUCUUGGUACAGAGACAUGCAUUACAGCUUGGCAAUCUAUUUGUUUGACUUUAGCUCCCUCAGAAGUCAAGGAGAAAUUUUUCCCCAUGUAAGUGUUUUGUACUUGAAGAUGUUCCCCUUCAUUCUCUCACCAAAUCACCCCUUUGCUCCUAUAUUUUAGUCAGUCUCUAAAUUAACCUGCCCUUCGCAGUCACUUGUACAUACAGUGCUAGAAAAUCAUGUUUCUCAUCCUGAGUAAGACUUAAUGAGAAUAAUUGCAUAUCUGGGGUUGUUUCUAUGAUGUAAAUUGUGUUUAUUAUUUAAAAGGUCGAAUGCUGACCUUGAAGUUCUUUUAUACAGCUCUCUAAUAAAUGCAGAUGUGAUCCUAAAAUUGUUUCUUCAAACACAAAUGGAGUAUGCCAAAUUUUAUAUGUCUUUUUCAGGUUCUCUGGGCUUUCAGGUUUUCUAAUUAGAAGCUAAUGGGAUGAGUUACUGGGACUUGUAUUUACACACCUUAUCUCUCAACACUUAGCCCGCAGUACCCCAUGAGUGAAUCUGGGAUUGCUUGUCAUGUAAAUCAUCGUGUCUACGAUACUGUACAACUGUGAUUUCAUCUAAUCCAUGCUUAAUCAGUGUGUUGUUUUUCCAUGAAUGAUUUUAUUGUUUAGCAUGGCAGUAUUUUCAGAUAGCUUUUUGUUCGUUGGGAGACUGGGGGUUUUGGGGGGUUUUAGUACUUUGCAUGAAAUAUUUUAUAAUGAUGGAAUUGCUUUUUCUUUGUCUUGUGAUUUUUUUUGAAGUGAAAUUUAACUCUCUGUGCUAGUAGUAGUAUUAUACCCAUCACGAGUGUCUCACUUGUACUGUAUCACAUUCCACGCCCUCAUUUAAUUCUUAAUAAACUCUUCACUUGUU